GGCAUGUUUCCGUUCUCACCGUGUUGAUCUCUUGUGUACGUUGACGCUGUGUGAGCCGGAGUCUGGAGAAAGAUAACGGGUGCCGCCAACAGAGAAACGAAAAAUCGCUGUUCUUCGCAUCUGAUGUGCAUAUGUCGUGUACAGUCUGUGCACUGUUAUUGUCCUACUAAUUAACAGCGUCGAUCCGCUUGAAACGCUUCUCGUGCAUAUUGAUUAAUGGGAGCUCAGUAGCUAGCUAACUUGACGACGACGACGACGAUGAUGAUGAUGAUGAUGCAUCGGUGGAUUUAUCCCGGUGUCUCCGACUGAGAUGGAGCCAGCGACGCUCAAGUGGAGCUGCCUGCUAGCUAGCUAGCGAGCUAACGGUGCCCGCCGGGAGACACUGUGCCUGAGCAGCCCUGGAUAACGUUAGCUAAAUGGGUGCAGCUGCGGUUUUACCUCGCGGGGUUUGCUGUAACGUUACCGGACGUUUUCACCGCUGUCCCCGGGUUUGAUAGAGAGGGACCAUGUCAACUAGCAAAAAUUGCUAACUUGGCCGUUUAGGAUAGCUACACGUGAUACAGUUUAUCUCGCUCCAGCAUUUAGCUACAUCCCUGACCGUCCUUGGAUGCUUCAGUGACAUUAAGUGGACGGUGUGUAUCAGGAUGGCACAGCUCUUGGACGGGGCCGGCAAACUGGGCUGGGUUCUGCUCAAGGCUGUGACCCGUUUUGUGUUUAUGUUCCUCAACAACUGUGUAGCCAUCCCAUCCUACUGCUUAUAUCUACUGCUGCUCCAACCGCUGAGAAUAUGGGACAGCUCCACUUUUUGGCACAUUGAAGGAAUCAUGUUCAAAUGGUUGCUAGCCAUGGUGUCUUCAUGGGGCUGGAUCGCAGGCUAUACAGUAACGGAGUGGGGCGACGAUGUACGGCCCAUCUCUGAAGAGGAAGCCAUGGUCAUCGUCAACCACCAAUCCACGGGAGACGUGUGCACCCUCAUGAUGUGCCUGCAAGACAAGGGCACGGUGGUACGAAAAAUGAUGUGGUUGAUGGACCAUGUGUUCAAAUACACCAACUUUGGCCUAGUGUCCUUGAUCCACGGGGACUUCUUCAUCAGACAGGGUAAAGCUCACCGAGACAAGCAGCUGGUCUACCUGAAAGAUCACCUAGACAAAUACUACCACAGCCGUGACAGGAAGUGGAUAGUACUGUUCCCGGAGGGCGGCUUCCUGCGCAAGCGGCGGGAAACCAGCCAAUUGUUUGCAAAGAAGCACUCUCUCCCCCACCUGACCCAUGUCACGUUGCCUCGGCUCGGGGCCACCCAUGUUAUCCUGAAAACCCUGUCUGCCCAGCAGGAGAACGGCAGCGUGGGCAGUGAGACUGGGACCCCUAACCAGUCGGGUAACAAGCGUAAAGGCCUGCAGUGGGUAAUAGACGUGACCAUAGCGUACCCUAAAGCAAGACCCAUGGACAUCCAGACCUGGAUCUUUGGCUACAGGCCUCCUACAGUCACACAUGUACAUUACAGGAUGUACCCAAUAAAAGAGGUUCCUGUGGAGGCAGAGGCCCUGACUGACUGGCUGUAUCAGAGGUUUGUGGAGAAAGAAGAGUUGCUGGCCCACUUCUACGACACAGGAUCAUUCCCCCAGCCAGACGGACACAAGGAGGCAGUUUCCCGGCAGAUGACCCUCGACCCCGUCUGGCUGUGCGCCAUCCAGUCGUUCGCUUUCGUCUCCGGCUACAUGUGGUACAGCGUCCUCCAGUACCUCUACUGCUGUUUAUUCUGAGUGCGCUGAUGAGGCGAGAGUCUUUAUCGGACCACUGGAAAAAGCCUCAGGAUCAGUUGGUGUGUGGCCCCCAGCGUCAUACUUGCGUGCCCCCACCGCCCCCUACCCCUCCUCCUCCUCCUCCAACCCCAACCCCAACCCCCAACUCCCCUCCAUACGAUGGAUGAAUGUACAUUUUGCAAACAGUGGAGAGACUCAACAGGAAUCGAUAAACAUAUGAACACACACACACACAGAUUACAGGAACCCAUACGUGAUGAAACUGGUUACAGGCGUAGUUAACUUAACACACGACCCCCUAACACCACACACUUGCUCCAACGGCCCUAGCAGAAUAAUCUCUCGCACUCGUCACGACUCACAUUUCGAUGUUUACACGUCCUCAUACACGUAGACGCUCACACCUACAUGACUUUUUAUUCAAAGUUGAAACGAAACGAGGCUCAGGACUCCUCCAGAAGACGCUCUGGACCGGACUCUCUCUCUCUCUCUUUCUCUUUCUCUUCCCCCUCCCAGGCUUUAGCCGUAGUAGUUUUACAGAGUAUAAAGUAUGUAUGGACGCGCGUGUGAGUGAGUAUUAUAUGACUAGAAGCAUAAUGUCUGCCCUUAUUCUUCCUCCUGGCGAGAGCUGACGAAGCCCAACUGGACCUCUCUCAGCCCGCUGACGAGCCGGCUGGCCACACCUUCCAGAGCGAGCAGCUGUACGGACGUUGAGGCUGCAUAGCCGGCCGCUCCUCUGGCCUUCAUUGCACUAAGGAUCCAUACUGCCCUAACUGCCCCCCUGCCCCCAGGAAAAUGCUCCUGAACAGUAGCUGUCACUGUUUUCAUUUCCUUCGUUUUCAUCCCCACUUUAACCCCGGCAUAUCUCCACUACAGCCAUAGUUAUUUCUUGUUGUCUGUAUUUUUUGUUGUUGUUGCUGUUGUUGUCAUCGUCGACGUCAUCUGGACUUUUUUUUUUUAAUCUCCCCCCUGUGUCCGCCUGUCUGUGGAGGCAGUAUUCUGUGCUCACUGAGAAAAGGUUGGGGGGAUCAUGUUUACACUGGCAGCCUUGCUGAAAGCCUGAAAGGACACGGUGGCUAUGAUGCGGCGCUUGAUUAAGGAUCUUCUUCCGUUUCAGAUGUGAUGAGAGGAAGAGGAGACGGAUGCCGUAAUGCUAAUUCAAAAAAAAGAAAAGAAAAGAAAAAGAAGAAAAAACUAUGACGGCACGCAGGGCAAGAAUGGCAGUCUGAUCUCUUCUAAAGUAACUCCCUCUAUGUGGAUUCUCCCUUUUCACCUUGUGCUCUCUAACAUGCAUUACACACACUCACAGACAAAAUGACAAAUGCGCACACACGGCCAUGUGCAGCUACACAGCAGAGUCAGACAUCUGUCUCGAGGAUCCAUCUCAGCAAGCCAGACUGAGAAGGCACAGACUCUUGUUCCCCCAUUGGACUAUAUAGUUUUACAAAUAUUUAAGCCAUAUGCUUAGUGUCGUCGGGGUGGGAAAAAGACAUGGAGAAAAAAAUAUGAUUUUUAUAGAAAGCUACCCUAAUGUUCAGCAUUCUAAAAUAGAGAUUUUUGGCUUACAGAACUAUAGGUGUCAUUACUGUAAAUUUACAGCAUAACCUGCCUAAGUGAGUGUGUGUGGUUGUUGUCCCGCCCACCCCUCCCCCAAGCCCCACCACCCUCCCCCAUUUUUGAUAUAUAUGAUUCAUGUCGUGUUGCUCUGUGACGUCGGAGUGCGGCGGCAAAUUUCAACACAAGUGGUCAGAUUUUAUUUCAUUUUAAAUUCCAUGAAUCUUUGUCCCUCAUGUCAUGGUAUGUUUAAAUCUUGUACAUAACAAAGCUGAGGAAGAGUUUUCAUCAUCGGAAAUGGAAAAAAAAAAAAAAAACGAAAAACAUACUGCAGCGUUUUUUUCUCUUUCUCUUUUGGUCCAUGAUAAUUUCAGAGAAUUUUAGUUUAAAUUAUCAUGAAUGUUUUUUUUUUUUUAAAAAAGAAGAAAGCAAGGAUUUCCCUUCACUUCUCAGUGUUACUCUGUUUUUUUCUUUUUUUUGUUUUGUUUUUUGUUUUCUAAGCAGGAAGUUGUUGUGUGCUUCAACACAUUAAAGCUACUGUCCAUCUGUGUCCUGGCUGACACACCCCGUUUGCACAGCGACACAUGGACCCGCUUUCAAACCUUUUUUUUUUUUUUUUUUUAAUCAUCAGGAAUCAGCAGAAAAACCUCGACUAUCAAGCCUUACCCGAUGUCCUGGUAGACCACAAUCGAAUAAUGCUGUUUUUUCCCUCACACUCCCUCUUGACAAACAUUCGGCUCAUUCGUUAAGAAGAUGGUUUCAAGGAGUUGACCUCAAACUGGGUCAGCGAGGAAGGGAUCACUCUUCACUUACAAGGGAAACUCUGGCAGGGCCCUGCAAUGAUGCAGUUGUUCUCUCUCUCUCUCUCGAAUGUACUUGUGUUGUGGUUUUGAGGUCAAUUAUAUGUAAUUUGCUUAGCCUGCUUUAAUUAGGAAAUUAUAGAACAGCAGCGGUUAUCAUUGUUAUGACCUAAUGCAUAAAAGGUGCAUUUUAAUAAUUACUGCCCUCCCUGUGCGCCACUGUUGGUACAAACUGUGUGAGAAAUUUUUGGAUAAAAAAAAGGGCUACCUGAGUGGGUAGGUGAAAACAUUUUGAAUCAGGCUGUAAAUGUGUUUCAUCCUGCGGCCCUUUCAGAUUCCCCUCCAUCGUGAGAGUGACUUGAAAUGAAGCUUCAUCUUUUUCUCUUUUUUUUUUCACCUUCUCAUUUUUAUUUUCUUUUUUUUUAUGACCAUGUUUCCAAAGAAGGCAGGGAAAUAAUGUUUUCCUAGAUGUGGUUUUAGGGAAUAAACACAAUAGGGAUUUAAACAAAUUAUACUAGAACUGUCUGUAAUUUUCCAUUUUGUACUUCUCCUUUAAUUCCUAGCUACACAGCCAUUUUACAACACAAAAAACUUGUGCUGGAAUAAAACAUCAUAAAGAUCCUAA